AGGGGAAGCUAUUUUGAAAACCAGUGGUUCGCUUGACUCUGGGCAGGGUGCCGGCACAAGGAGGGAGGAGGACAGAGGAGGAGGAGGAGAAGGAGGAGGAGGAGGUGCAGCUGGUGGAGAGAGGCACGGUCAGUCAUUGUUGCUGACUGGUGGAGAACCGGCGUAGACGUCGACGCUGCACGUAAAUAUUGACCACAGCAAUCAGAUCUUGAUGUAGACAUUGUGUCUAUCGGUGCUUUCAAUCUGAAUCUCUCUAAGGCAUCAUUGCUGUCCAUCAAGGAAGGAGAUGAUAGGAGGCCUGUGAGCAAUUACCUACUCCAAAAGAGCACAGUGUCUCUCAGGUGAUGGAGGUCUUGUGAGACUCUCAAUCCACAAUCGCUGUAGUGAUGGAUGGCGUCAGUGUCAGCCAUGGCUGCAUCGUUGGAUUCUGCUGGUCCUGUCGCGCUGUUUUUCUGUGAUCUAAACUCCAGAAGGAAUCUACCAGGCCGCUCUUAAGCCUUAAGAUUCGGGGGGGAAAAAACUAGAUGCUUACAGGGUUAACGCACUUCUCCUAACCUGCCAUCACUGGGUUGUUCUGCGCUGCUCUGAGGACCCGUCAUGGAUCUGCUGUGGGUGCUGUCGGUGUCCAUGUUGACAGCUUGCGUCGCCAUUCCAAUGGAUGCUGCGGCAGGAAGCCACAGUCUGUUCACGUGUGAGCCCAUCACGCUCCGCAUGUGUCAGGGUCUGGCCUACAACUCCACCUUCAUGCCCAACGUGCUGAACCACUACGACCAACAGACUGCUGCUCUCGCCAUGGAGCCGUUCCACCCCAUGGUGAACCUGCAAUGUUCCCCAGAGCUGAGGAUGUUCCUGUGCUCCCUCUACGCCCCGGUGUGCAGCGAGUACGGAAGGAUAACUCUGCCCUGUCGCCGCCUGUGUCUGCAGGCCAAGAGCGACUGCUACAGACUCAUGGACAUGUUUGGUGUCAGUUGGCCCGAGGAGAUGGACUGCAACAGGUUCCCAGACUGCGAUGAGUCCUACCCCCGACCUGUCGACCUCCUCUCCAGCUCAGACUCGACUGAGUCUCCCAUUUCUGUCCAGAGGGACUACGGCUUCUGGUGUCCCCGUGAACUUAAAAUCGACCCUGAACUUGGCUACUCCUUCAUGGGCGUCAGGGACUGUUCACCUCCCUGUUCCAACAUGUACUUCACGCGCGAAGAGCUGACGUUCGCCCGAUACUUCAUCGGCGUGGUGUCCAUAGUCUGCCUGUCGGCCACGCUCUUCACCUUCCUGACUUUCCUCAUCGACGUCUCCCGAUUCCGUUACCCAGAACGUCCGAUUAUAUUUUACGCCGUGUGCUACAUGAUGGUGUCCCUGGUCUUCUUCUUGGGGUUCCUGUUGGAGAACAGAGUCUCCUGUAACGCCUCCAGUCCCGGCAGGUUCAGGGCUUCAACUGUGACACAAGGCUCCCACAACAAGGCCUGCACUCUGCUCUUCAUGGUGCUCUAUUUCUUCACCAUGGCCGGCAGCGUGUGGUGGGUGAUUUUGACCAUCACCUGGUUCCUGGCUGCCGUUCCCAAAUGGGGCAGCGAGGCAAUAGAAAAGAAGGCUCUCCUCUUCCAUGCCUGCGCCUGGGGCAUCCCGGGGGUCCUCACCGUCACUCUGUUGGCCAUGAACAAAAUCGAGGGGGACAGCAUCAGCGGAGUGUGCUUCGUAGGACUCUACAACCUGACAACUUUGCGCUGGUUCCUACUGGCCCCGCUGGGAUUGGACGUAGUGGUCGGCGUGGCUUUACUUCUGGCAGGAAUAGCAGCACUGAACCGCGUCCGUAUGGAGAUCCCACUGGAGAAGGAGAACCAAGAGAAGUUGGUCAAGUUCAUGAUCCGUAUCGGCGUGUUCUCCGUUCUCUACCUGGUGCCUCUUCUCACCGUUCUGGGCUGCUACCUCUACGAGAACAGCUACAGGACAGUCUGGGAGACGACCUGGGUUCAAGAGAAGUGCAGAGACUACCACAUCCCCUGUCCCUACCAGGUGGACAGUACCAGUCGUCCUGAUCUCGUCCUGUUCCUCGUCAAGUACCUGAUGAUGCUCAUCGUGGGAAUCCCCUCCGUCUUCUGGGUGGGGAGCAAGAAGACCUGCUUCGAGUGGGCCAGCUUCUUCCACGGCAAGAGACGCAAAAACGCGAUGGUCAACGACAGCCGUCAGGUUCUGCAGGAGCCCGACUUCGCCCAGCUGCUGCUCAGGGACCCCAACACGCCCAUCGUGAGGAAGUCGCGGGGCACCUCCACGCAGGGCACCUCCACGCACGCCUCCUCCACCCACCUGGCCAUGCUGGACGAACCACCCAGCGCCAGCACCAGUCGAGCCGGCUCCGUCCGCAGCGCUCGCUCCAAGAUGAGCAGCUACCACGGCAGCCUGCACCGCUCCAGAGACGGCAGAUACACGACCUCCGGUUUCAAAGCUACAGAAGAGCGGAUGGGCUACGGCAGCAUGCCUCGCCUCAGCGACCAAUCGCAGGCCAAACACUGCAGCACCAAUCGCCUGGACAGCCUGUCCCCGCACGGCUCCACCCAGAGACUGGAGAGCCAAUCACGUCACAGCAGCAUCAGGGACCUGAGCGGCAGCACCGCCCAGCCGGUUCUCAGCGUCCCGGGAAACGGAAUCCACAAAGUGCUGGAAGAGGACGGAGCCACAGCUUGACCUCUGACCCCUCGCCUCCCCCUGAAAAUGUGCGGCGACGUCAGAGCAACAACAAUGCGGAGGGAGAAACAAUGAGCGAGGAUUCAGAUGAAACUCCUCCUGGAGAACGUCCCGUAGAACCAUCUGUGUGGAUCAAUGCCUUAAAGACUCUCUCAGCUUUAUCUGAAUCCAAAAAACUCCAGUUCUUUUCAAAAUGGCUCCACGUCCAGACGUCUUCGUCCGACCUCCGCGACUGAGCCCCUACAGACAGAAUGUGACCAACACUGACAGACUGCACUGAUUCACCUCUGCUCCUGCUGUACUUGUAUUUGUGUGUGUGUGUGUGAGAGCGCGUAAAAGACUGUGACUGAGACAACUGUUGGUUAACAGUUUGUCUCAUAACUCGUUGGUGUUAGCGGCACUGAAGCGGUACUACAAGUCCGGGUUCCCGAGUCGAGCCUUUGGA